AUGUUAAAAGUCCCUGAAUUUCUCGAUUCUACUAAAUUAAAAUUAUCUUCCAAAAUAAAUGAUGAAUACAAAUUUGCCCAAUAAAAAUAAAAAACAUAAGCCAGCGAAAUAGCUUAAUCUUUGAAUGAUUAACAAAUUUUAAUAACAGACCAACAAUAGAAAUAAUCCGAACCUCCCUAAAAAGAGGAAUAAAAACCCACCACAUUAUUAGAAAUAUUAAUCAAAGAACUACCUAAUUACUAAGAAUCUGACGACGAUAAAUUAUCAAAAAUCCCAAAGCAUUUUUUAAAAUAUUAAAAAAAAUAAGAAUAAUACCAAGCUGAAAACACAAACAAUUUAUAAUUAUCAGUUUAAUAAAAGCAAGAAGGAAAUAACCAACUUUAAUUGUUAAACACUACAUAAUUAGGUUCUGUAAUAACCAGAAAUAUAACAAAAGUAAUAAAACCAGAUGAACAUAAGCCUUGGAAAUUAAUGCGUGUAAUCGCUGGACAUAGGGGUUGGAUAAGAACUGUAGCAGUAGACCCUGCGAAUUAAUUUUUCGUAACAGGUUCAAAUGACAGAACUAUUAAAUUCUGGGAUUUAGCUUCUGGAUAAUUGAAAAUUACUUUAACAGGACAUACAUCUAGUGUUAGAGGAUUAGUAGUAUCAGAUAGACAUCCAUAUUUGUUUUCAGUAGCUGAAGAUAAGACAGUUAGAUGUUGGGACUUAGAACUUAAUUAAGUAGUAAGAAAUUAUCACGGACAUCUUAGUGGAGUUUAUUGUAUUGCGAUUCAUCCCAUUCAUAAUAUUAUAGCGACUGGAGGUAGAGAUUGUACUGUUAGACUAUGGGAUAUAAGAAUGAGAUCACAAAUUCAUGUCUUAGGGGGGCACUAACAUACUGUAGAUAAUGUGGUUUGUUAAGAAUUCGAACCGUAGAUUGUUUCAGGAAGUUAUGAUACGACAGUUAAAUUAUGGGAUAUUGUGGCUGGGAAAUGUAUGAAAACUUUAACUAAUCAUAAAAAAGCAGUUAGGUCAGUUAUUUUUCAUCACAAAGAAUACACUUUUGCGUCAGGCGCAGCGGAUAAUGUUAAAGUUUGGAAAUGUCCAGAAGGAGAAUUUUUGAGAAACAUAUCGAGUGGAACUAGUAACAAUAUUGUUAAUACUUUGGCUUUAAAUUAAGAUAAUAUACUUGUUAGUGGAGCAGAUGAUGGCACUUUGAAUUUUUAUGAUUGGAAAAGUGGACAUAAUUUCUAGACUAUAAAAUAAAAACCUUAACCAGGAUCUAUAGCGGCUGAAAACGCCAUUUUUGAUAUGAAAUUUGAUUAAUCUUAGAUGAGACUUAUUACUGCAGAAUGUGAUAAAACUAUAAAAAUUUAUAAAGAAGACGAGGAUGCUGAUGUUGUUCCUGUAAAAGAUUUUAAAAUGGAAUAUUCACGUGUUUUUUGAAAAAAAAAAAAUAUAUUUAUAUAAAUUUUUUUAUAUAUAUAUAUGUUUUAGUUAAUUCUUAUAAUUUUAUUAAUUAUUCUU